GAGCCUUGUCGGUUCCAGCAUUGUAACUGGCUGAGAGCAUCGCCCAUCCCAGCAGCAUUCGGUCGCAGCUAAAUAUUUAUAUAGAGGGGAACGACAUCAGCUAGAAGACAUUCAUUCACGUAAGAGAGAACUGAUCGUCUCCUUUGCUAAGUUAACAUUCUUUCUAAACCUUCUGACGACAACAAAAACACUUUUGCAAGUUUAGCCAAAGUUUUAUUUUCUUAUUUUUUUUGCUAUUACAAUGGACUUUUUUCGUCGUGUACUUUUUGGCUUGACACUUGUUACUUUGAGUCAAAUAUUUGGAAAAUAUCCUGUAAAUGCGGGCAUGUGCUGGCUGCAGCAGAGCCAGGAGCAACGCUGUGAUAUGGUGCUGAUGCGUGGGGUAAGCAGGGAGGAAUGCUGUGCUGGGGGCCGUCUGGACACGGCGUGGUCCAACACCAGUCUGCCCAUCAACGAGGUCAGCUUGCUGGGCUUCCUAGGAAUCGUAUCCUGCAAGCCCUGCAAAGAGACCUGCGAUGGUGUGAACUGCAGCGCAGGGAAGGUUUGUAAAAUGAAGUCCGGACGUCCUCAGUGUGUGUGCUCCCCUGACUGCACUAACAUCUCCAAAAAGCAUGCUGUGUGUGGCAGCGAUGGGAACUCCUAUCGUGACGAGUGUGAACUCCUCAUGGCCCGCUGCAAGGGGCACCCUGAUUUGGAGGUCAUGUACCAAGGGGAAUGCAAAAAGUCCUGCUCCAACGUGGUGUGCCCUGGGACCCACACAUGUGUGACUGACCAAACUAACAGUGCCCACUGUGUGAUGUGCCGCAUGACGCCCUGCCCAACGCCGCUGAAAUCUGAGUUGCCAAUCUGUGGCAACGACAACAUCACGUAUCCGAGCGCCUGCCACCUCCGCAGAGCCACGUGCUUCCUGGGGCGCUCCAUAGGAGUGCGUCACUAUGGCAACUGCUCCAAUGUUCCAAGAAACACUCUGGAUUUGGAAGGCAGUGAGGAAAAUUCACUCUAGAGAGACAGUUCUGGUGUGAUCCACCUGGUUCUACAGUCCACCUAGUACUAGAGGUAGCAUAGUUCACCUGGUACAUCCCUACCCCUGUAAAUACAAUGACGAUACAUUUGAUGUGGGAGGACUUGCUGGAAGUAGCUGUUUUUCUUUCAAAAGGAAACCAACACUGUAUUUGUUGAUGCAUGCAAUGUAUGUUAAACUGAAAGAUUUGCUCAUGAAACUGUGGAGACAGAUGAAAGGCAUAUAUAUACAUAUAUAUCUUGAAAAUAAGAAAUACGUAGUGGACCUUAAAUACAGGAAUAGAUGUGUAUAUUGUAAAUAAAUACCAUUAAUAUUUAUUGGAGAAGGUAUCAAAUCUGUUUUAUUUAUGUUUUUAUCUUGUAAACAAAUCCAUAUAUCCAUAGGUCAGGUUACAUGUAUUUAUUUUUUAUUUUGUUUUUAGGUGUACAUGUACAGUAUGCGAAUGGUCACUGGUAUUCUGUUAUGUUGGAGUGUUAUUUUUAUUUUUGUGUUUUCAUAUCCAAAAUUGAGGUGCUUUGUCCCCCUAAAAGCAGUAUGGCAAGCAACCUCAGUUUGUUUGGAUACUGGAUACAAUGCUUGGAGGGCGAAAAUAUGGUUAUAAUUCACUCUAAGCAAAAUAGCGCAGCUGCUGUCUGUACUUCAGUCUUUGUUUGGAGGUCUAUAGUAUGUUUCCGCACGAUCUGCCUGUACAGAGUACGACACUGUUUACGCUGGAGCCCAAUCAAAACUCUGAGCCACCCACUGAUCACUCUAACAGUUUAGUUCAAUCUGCAGCAGUUUUAUUAGGCUGUUGGUUCAACCCCAAGCCUUUACAAUACCUCCACUGUUUAAGUCUUGGAUUUGUUUAUACAGUAUUUAAUGUUUUUUCGUCAUAUGAGUCCAAUAUGAUGUUAUUUGGGUUAUUGAAUAAACUGUAUCACCAUGUAUCUGUAAAAUAAAACAAAUGUUGUUAGCUAUAUCAAAUUGAAAACAAAAUCUUAUUUGUCUGGGAAUGCCAAAUAACCUAAAAUUACUCAAAGUUAACUUAGCGGAACCCCAGACAAUACAUCUGAAUGUAUCUGUUAAAAUGUUGAAAUAUUGGAUGGCCAUUCAUUAUAUGGGUAGCUAUUUGCAAUUAGCUAUUGGUUAUUGUGAGAAGACUGAACAGUGCUGCCCAUUCUAGAUUUAAGAUUUUUACAAAAAGACAUACUAUUUUUAAACAAAUUUAAGUAUUUUCUAGUAAUUACAACGCUAUUUCAUGUACCUGUGUACCUACUGUGAAAUUUACUUAUUUUUGUAUUUUUGUACUGCCAUUUUAUCUCAACAUAAAAUAUAGCAUUUGUCAUGAUGCGUCUUUCAUGUAUGUUACAACUUCAGGGUUACCGUGGUUAUAAAUGUGUAAAAAUGUCUAUAUUAGUAAAGGCUGUUGAAUUGGGCAGAAGUUAGAGGUAAAAGGUAACACCGGAACCUAUUUGUGAUUAAAAGGAUUGCAUUUUGAAUAGUUUUUAUAAAGUUUUGUAGUCAUAUGCAUAAAUAUUUGAAUAUUUAUGCAUAUGACAUAAAGUAAUAAUAGUAAUUCUGAUUACAAAUAAAGUGGUACAAAUUCCAACAUCUGCAUUAG